CAAAAGGAAAAAAAGAAGAGAGAGAUAACAAUGGCGUUUACAGGGACACUAGACAAAUGCAAGGCGUGUGACAAGACGGUAUACGUUAUGGAUUUGAUGACACUUGAAGGAAUGCCUUAUCACAAGUCAUGCUUCAGGUGCAGCCAUUGCAACGGCACUCUCGUGAUUAGCAACUACUCAUCCAUGGAUGGAGUUCUCUAUUGCAAGCCCCAUUUUGAACAGCUCUUCAAAGAAUCUGGAAAUUUCAGCAAGAAUUUUCAGACGGCCGGAAAGACCGAGAAAACGAAUGAAGUGACGAGGACUCCGAGCAAGUUAUCUUCAUUCUUUAGCGGAACACAAGACAAAUGUGCAGCUUGCAAGAAAACUGUUUAUCCUCUAGAGAAGAUGACAAUGGAAGGAGAAUCUUACCACAAGACUUGCUUUAGAUGUGCACACAGUGGUUGUCCUCUAACACACUCUUCAUAUGCUGCUCUCAAUGGCAUCCUUUACUGUAAGGUCCAUUUCAAUCAGCUUUUCCUUGAGAAAGGUAAUUACAAUCAUGUCCUCCAAGCCGCUGCUAACAGACGCACACCUGAGGAAGACAAAAUCGAACCCAACGCAAAUGAAGCAAACCCUACAGAAGAAGAAACUCCUGAUGCAGGCCCUGAAGCAGGUGAAGAAGAACAUGAGUCCUAA